AUGAGUGGCAUCACACCCGCCAAGCCGGCUGGCAGUUUUGACUGGACUGCCCUCCAGCAAGAGAUAUUUUCUGCUGCGGCCGGCCCACAGCCUGUGGCCGAGUUGUCGCCCCCGCGCCGACAUUCAGGUGCUCACCCCUCCGGGUCCCAUGAUCAGCGCAUGCGAAGCCUCAGCGUCUCCCUGCCCGCCCUGUCAUGGCGCCGUCCGCGGAGCGCCUUGUUCGCUCCCGACGACGACAAUAACUUGAGCGAACAUGCCAUCGACGACAUCAGCGAACAGCACCCCAACAACAGACGCCACGGUACGACCGGCACCCUCAGAGGCAUGUUUCGGCGUGCGUCGCACUCCAUUAGAGGCAUGGUGCAUCACCGUCCAUUGCUUCUGAAUGAGGAGCCCAUCUACGAGCAACAAAGCCGCCACCACACCGACCCGAGACCCUACACAGCCAACUCGACCUGGCAUAGGCUGCGCCAGGCCACCGGGUUCCGCCACACCCGCUCCGUCUACGGCCUCGACACUUCCUACCAGGCUGGCGCCCUGCCGCAUCGGCCAGCCGCAGCAGCUCCUCCCGGCGAUCUGCCCGUCCCCGCCCUCGGCGACGCUCCUCCCUACAUCCCCGAGCACAGCGGCGCCGCCGCCAAGGCCUCCGCCGCCAUGCAAAACGAGUUCUUUGCGCGCAACCACUGGCUUCACAAUUCGACCAGCGACGACGGCAACGACCGCGAGAGCGGCAUCGGCAUCGUGCUCACCGGUACCAAUACCGACUCUGAUGCCGACGCCGAGGCGGCUGAGGUGACGGGACCAGAGACGCCCAACAUUCGCCGUGUCGACUUCAUCGACGCGCUGCCCGCCGAGCUGGCCAUUCAGAUCCUCGCCAAGCUCGACGCCACUGCGCUCGCCGGGCUGAGCACCGUCAGCCAGCGAUGGGCCGAGGUGAUCCGCAACCAGCACAUCUGGCGCGAGUCCUUUUUCCGUGAGAUGGGACAGACAUACGCCACCAGCAGCCCCGUGCAACCCGGAACAGGCCACGGCAUCCCCCAGUCGGUUCCCGGUAACAAUUGGAAGCGCGCCUACCGCAUGCGGCAACAGCUGAGUCGGCACUGGGAGGAGGGCCGCGCGCGCCCCGUCUACCUCAGCGGGCACACCGACAGCGUCUACUGCCUGCAGUUUGACGAGCGCAAAAUCAUCUCGGGCUCGCGCGACAAGACGAUUCGCAUCUGGGACAUGCACACCUUCAAGUGCCUCCUUGUCAUCGGCCCGCCCGAUGUGGUGCACGCCCGCGCGCUACUCUUUGGCAAUGUCAGCACGCCGACACACUUUGCUUCGGGGCCUGACGACGAGCGCAUAGCUGUGUCGGUGCCCGCCGUCGCCGCCUUCGACGUCCACCAUAGGGCCUCGAUCCUGUGCCUGCAGUACGACGACGACAUCCUCGUCACUGGCUCAUCCGACGCCACGGCCAUUAUCCACGACAUCCGCAACGGCUAUCGCCCCGUGCGGCGCCUCGAGCACCACACGGCCGCCGUGCUCGACCUCGUCUUUGAUGCCGUCCACAUUGUCACCUGCUCCAAGGACAUGACCAUCUGUGUCUGGGAACGCGCCACUGGCCGCCUCCUGCGCCAGCUGCGCGGCCACGGCGGGCCCGUCAACGCCGUCCAGAUGCGCGGCUCGACCGUCGUCUCGUGCUCCGGCGACCUCCUCGUCAAGCUCUGGGACCUGUCCACCGGCCGCACCGUGCGCGAGUUUGCCGGCCACACUAAGGGUCUCGCGUGCUCGCAAUUCUCCGAGGACGGCCGCCUCGUCGCCUCGGCCGGCAACGACAAGAUGAUCCGCGUCUGGGACGCCCACACGGGCGCCUGCCUCGUCGAGGUCCGCGCCGCCCACGAAAACCUCGUCCGCAGCCUCCACAUUGACUCGGUCAGCGGCCGCCUCGUCUCCGCCAGCUACGACACCGACAUCAAGGUCUGGGACAUCCGCGACGGCCGCCAGCUCCUCGACUUUCCCCGCUGGCACGCCAGCUGGGUCCUCUCCGCCAAGAGCGACUACCGCCGCAUCGUCAGCACUGGGCAGGCCCCCAAGAUCCUCGUCAUGGAUUUCGGCGCUGGCAUCGACGGCAUCGAGAUGCUCGAGAGUGCGGGCGAGGGAAACUCGCCGCGACCACCGUCGCGAAACGACGGCACAGGAUUCUUUUGA